AUGACAUCUAAUAUUAAGGAUUUAGAUAAAAGAAUGGAAUCUUUAUCUCAAGUAAUUCCAGAGAGACUAGCAAAAAAAGUAGAGAAAGCAUUGCUAGAAGUAUUAGAAUCGGCAAUAUACCAGAAUUUUAAAGAGAGUAGUAAAUUUGUUAGAGAUUAUCUUAGCUAUGUAAAAAAAUUGCGAUUGGCAGAAAAUCCUGACAAAUAUGCUAGAUAUAUUGCAAGAAAACUAGUUUCAGAUGAAAUAUCAUAUAAUACAAGAUUAGAGAAGAUUCAAGCAUGGUAUCGUAGGGAAUUGCAUAAUGCAAAAGAAAUUAUUCAAGGACUUCUUAACAUGUCACUUACAGAUGAUUAG